AUGGGAAUUGAGAAGUGCUUGAUAGGGGGGCUACCAAGUUCGAUUUUUCAUUCAAGACCUAUUGAAGAUGGCCCUGAAAAAUACCAUUCGAAAUUGUUCGUCUUUGUUGCUGGUAAUCCUGGUCUCAUAGAGUUUUACGAACCUUUCCUCAGUGGCAUCCAACAAAAUAAUCCACAAUGGGAAAUCUUGGGGAUAUCACACGCAGGGAUGAAUACCUGCGAUACAUUUCAUUGUCCGGUAUAUACCUUGCAAGAACAAAUUAACCAUAAAAUCGAGGUCAUCAACAACUACAGCGAUAAAACCAGACACCUAAUCAUAAUGGGCCAUUCGGUUGGUGCCUAUAUGGUGCAAAAAAUACUUUUGUCUCCACAGUUGAACGGUAUGGUUUUACGAGUCGGUCUGCUUACUCCCACUGUUAUUGACAUUCAUAAAAGCGAAAAGGGUACAAAACUCACUCGACUCAACCGGUGGAUACCACACUUCCAUGUUGUUGUAGCCACAGUAGCAUAUGUGAUAUUUGAGAAAUUACUACCUACUUAUAUUACUUCUUUAAUCGCCUCAACUAUGGUCGACAAUAUUGACUCAUCGGUGGGUAUGGCAACUAUGUCCCUCAUCAGCAACUCUAGAUUCGUCAAACAAGCCCUGGGACUAGCUGCCGAGGAGAUGCAAGUGAUUAGGUCUGAUUGGGCCUUUCAAGAUAGCUUUCUAAGCCAUUGCCAGUCCCGGAAUAUUAAGAUUUGGUUCCUAUUCAGCCAGAAAGAUCAUUGGGUUAGCCCCGAAACUUGUAAGGAUUUAAUCAAAUUCUUCAAAAGUCAUAGUGAUCCAAAAAUGUUGGAGAUUGAUGUAUCCCCGACGUUGGAGCAUGCAUUUGUGAGAAGGCAUGCUGAGGUAGUAAUCCGCGAAUAUUUCGGCCAAGUUUAG